UAUAACUUCCAACAUCACCACUGUCUGCACCGGAGCGAAUGAAAACAAACACUAACGAUGGCGGCGCCGGGGAGGGACUGGCUGCUGGAUUAAGGCAGGAGUGAUCGCUUGAUAAAAAAGGAGCCCUGAAGAAAACAAGCCGACGUGAGUGCGAGUGCGACAACUUGCUCAGUCCUAGGAGUAAAACGCCUGGAGUCUGCGAGCCAGGAGCCCCCUGAGGCCAGAGGUGUCUGUCUGACCCGCUGUCCCUGCAGUCCUGGGGCGCAGAACCUCGCCCAGGAGGAACGGCUGGCCGACCCCGGGUCCCGGCCUCCGUAAUGAGAGCUCCUCGCCUCUCUCUGUGCCGCAGCUUCGCAGAUUCCGAUAGGCAAUGGAAACUGAUCUCAAUUCGCAGGACAGAAAGGACCUGGACAAGUUCAUUAAGUUUUUUGCCCUCAAGACUGUGCAAGUGAUUGUCCAGGCUCGACUUGGUGAAAAGAUUUGCACUCGUUCAUCUUCAUCCCCGACGGGUUCAGAUUGGUUUAACUUAGCAAUCAAAGACAUCCCAGAGGUCACCCAUGAAGCAAAGAAGGCCCUGGCGGGGCAGCUGCCUGCUGUCGGGCGGUCCAUGUGUGUGGAGAUCUCACUCAAGACCUCUGAGGGAGAUUCCAUGGAGCUGGAGAUUUGGUGUCUUGAAAUGAAUGAAAAGUGUGAUAAAGAAAUCAAAGUUUCCUAUACCGUCUACAACAGACUGUCCCUGCUGCUCAAGUCUCUUCUUGCUAUAACCCGGGUGACACCAGCAUACAGGCUGUCCAGAAAACAAGGGCACGAAUACGUCAUUUUGUACAGGAUAUACUUCGGGGAAGUUCAGCUGAGUGGCCUAGGAGAAGGCUUCCAGACAGUUCGUGUUGGGACAGUGGGCACCCCUGUGGGCACCAUCACUCUUUCUUGUGCUUAUAGAAUCAACUUGGCAUUCAUGUCCACCAGGCAAUUUGAGAGGACCCCUCCUAUCAUGGGGAUCAUCAUUGAUCACUUUGUGGACCGCCCCUACCCCAGCUCCUCUCCCAGACACCCGUGCAGUUACAGAACUGCUGGCGAGGAAGCUGGUGGAGCGUACCCAUCGGUGGAAGACUCUCAGGAAGUGUGCACCACUUCGUUCUCCACCUCCCCGCCAUCGCAGUGUGUGUUUACUGUCACAAAGGCACAUUUUCAGACCCCUACUCCUGUGGUGACGGACACUCUGAGGGUCCCCACGGCAGGACUGGCCUUUUCCCAUCAACUCUCAAGCUCUCGCCUUUCCUAUCAGCCUGCUGUCCUGGGCCUUGGAUCAGCUGACCUGGCUUUCCCAGUAGUGUUCACUGCUGGUCUAAACGCUCCACACCCUCACCAGCUGAUGGUUCCUGGGAAGGAAGGUGGCGUGCCUGUCACUCCCAACCAGCCUGCCCACGGCGCCCAGGCGGAUCAGGAGAAACUGGGGAUCCACACCCCUUCAGAUGGGACCCACUGUGCUGCCACACCUUCCAGCAGUGAGGGCACCGAGACCGUCUCCAACAGCAGCGAGGGCCGGGCCUCCACCCACGAUGUCUUGGAGACCAUCUUUGUCCGGAAAGUGGGGGCUUUUGUCAACAAGCCCAUCAACCAGGUGACUCUGACGAGCUUGGACAUACCCUUCGCCAUGUUUGCUCCCAAGAACUUGGAGCUGGAGGAUGCCGACCCUAUGGUGAACCCUCCAGACUCGCCAGAGGCUGCCUCCCCACUGCACGGCAGCCUGCACUCCGAGGGCUCCAGCGCAGGCAGCGGCGGUAACACCCACGACGACUUCGUCAUGAUCGACUUUAAACCAGCUUUUUCUAAAGACGACAUUCUGCCGAUGGACUUGGGGACCUUCUACCGAGAGUUUCAGAACCCCCCACAGCUGAGCAGCCUCUCCAUAGACAUCGGAGCCCAGUCCAUGGCAGAAGACUUGGACUCCUUACCCGAGAAGCUGGCUGUGCAUGAAAAGAAUGUUCGAGAAUUUGACGCCUUUGUGGAAACCCUGCAGUAAAAGUAGCCUCCAAUACCAGCAGCACCCCCUUGCUGUACUCCCCAGGGGCCAGAGCCACUCCUGUCCCUCCUGCUGCUCCCAGCCAGGUGGAUGGCAGGGCAAUUCCCUGGAGACGACCUGAAGUCCCUGCUCCACACCUUCUGGAGACCCCCGCUGGCCUUGGAGAAGGAAUACCGUUUGUAACAAGAGCUGCAGCAGGGCCAUCUGUGCACCCCACCUGUCACCAACUGUCUCACAAAGGGUGUCUUCCACUUCUGCCUCCUGCUUGCCUGUCCUGGCCAUUAACCGCUUGACGUUCCCAGUGGUGGCUGAGAUGGGCCAGGCAGAAAGAGGAAUUGGGCAGUGCUGGGAGGAAGAGGGAGUCCUGGGGUUCUCUGUGUCCCCCCAUUCCCAGGGCCGUCUUCCUCUUGCUCUGCACCCCUGUGCCUGUGUGUCUGGAAUCUGAUGGGCCUGCCUGCCCAUGGUGACAACUCCAGCGCCAGCCUCACCUAGGACACUUGGCAAGGUUGUGCCACCUGGAAUGGUCGUGCCAGCCCCUCCUAGGGGUCCGUGCAGCCCUGGUGGCUGCUGUGCCCAGCUCCUCAGCUCCAAAUCCUGCAUCCCUAGGAUUCUGUCAUCCAGAGUCCGGGCGAAGGCUCUUCCUUCCCCUCCCUCCCCUUUGCUGCUCCUUGGUUAUAGGAAUGGUAAAUAUUUAUUACUUUCAGAGAAAUAUUUUAUAGAGAAAACCCACUGGAGGUGGCUAUUUUCUUGCUGAGGCAGAGGCCUGCUGCUCAGAAGCAUCCCCAGAACCAAGGCUGCUGCGAGGGGCUUCCUGUGCCUGCACGCGGGGCAGGAGCCAAGACAUAAGCCAGGAGAGAGCAGAGCGGCCCGAGGUCAGGAUCGUUGCGUCCUGGAUGACCACGGGUGCCCUGGCAAGUGCUCAGUCUCUCAACUCCUACACAGCAGCUCUGGAAGCCCAGGAAGUCUCGGGUGCUAAUGUGAGGACCCCCAGAGUUGUGCAACCUUGAGUGCCCAGGGGGCGUUGCCUGUUCGCCUGUGGCUGGGGCACCUUCUGAUCCUCCUGCUCUUGGGCCUGGCUGCUGCCUCCUGGAAUGAGGUUGUGACACCGCCCUGGACUGGUUCCCUGUUGAAAAACCAAAGCUGGGCCAGCAGCUGAGUGCGCCUCCCCUCUCACCAAGUACCAUCACCUGAGGAGGUCAGGGGCCUGGCCUUCGCUCUCCCAGCCUGCCUGGCCUCUGCCAGCUGUUCCCUGGCAGCAGCUGUCCUUCAGUGGGCCAGGUGGCCCUGGACUGCUUGUUAGUAAACUGCAUGAGACACCGUUCCCACCCAAGAGGCAGGCUGUGAAGGGAGCCCUGGCCAAGCCUCCUGCUGCUGCCACAGGAAGUCCCCUUGGUGAUGGCCAACUGGCCCUCCUGCCUCAGCCACACUGCAUCUGUGACUGCUGAUCCCAUCAGAUUCCCCACCUGAAGCUUGGCAGGGGGACAGUAAGUUGUAGACACCCCCAUCUCAGCUGCUGUCCUCUGCCUGAGCCCUGCAUGCAGAGGCUUGUUCCCGCCAUCCAUGAUGGUCCUCAGCCAUGCUGAUUGUGGUCCUUGAGGCCCCAUCCUUUCCUCAAGCUUCCUGUCCAGGAAGAGGCCAGGGAGGCUGAGCCUUGACCUUGAGCUGGACUAAGAGGAGCAAGGUGACAUCAGGGCUGGUCCUUAGCCUCAGCCCCAUGUGACAGGGAUGAGCCCUAGACCAAUAUCUGCAGUGCGCAACCAGGCCAGGACCAGUCUCCAGGUGACAGCUCCUCCCCUCCGGCGGCCUCGGGAAAUAACUGAGCUGUAUUUCACACUGUAUUCAGAGAUUUCCAAUAAAGGUUUUUCUGUACUUUAAA